CCGAGCCGGGGACUACAACCCCCGGGCCUUCUUCGCCGGUCUGACUCCCCGACUCCCGCGCUCCGGGGGCUAGCAGGGUGGAGGCUUUCAGGCUGCGGUGACCCUCUUGGACAUCUGCUUUGAGUUCCAGGUGCCCAAGUGAAAUAUGUAGGAUCUCCCUCUUUCGCCUUAUCCAUCCUCCUUUACCCUAGGUUCCUAGAACGUUCAGGAAACCUUUCCUCAGACACCGCUCCCUACACUGACUUUGAACCCUUCCUUUGAAGUGGCCGGUGGGCCUGAUAGAAUCUGGGGGUGAUCCAGAGUCCACAGUCCUCCACUCCUCGUUCCGGAAUCGGGUUUCGUCGCUGCCCAGCAGAGCGCGGGGUGUGGGUGCUACUGGACCCGAGAAAUAUCUCUCUGGGGCGCCGGACGAUCAGUGGUCAAUUGGUCAGGGCAGGGACUACAGAAAUUAGGUCCAAAUUUACUCUGUGAAGCUGAUAUUCACACUUUGAUUCUGGAUAAAAACCAGAUUAUUAAAUUGGAAAAUCUGGAGAAAUGCAGACGAUUAAUACAGUUGUCAGUGGCUAAUAAUCGGCUGGUACGGAUGAUGGGUGUGGCCAAACUCAUGCAACUUCGUGUUUUAAAUUUGCCUCAUAAUAGCAUUGGCUAUGUGGAAGGGCUAAAGGAACUAAUACAUUUGGAAUGGUUGAAUUUGGCAGGAAAUAAUCUCAAGGCCGUGGAACAAAUCAAUAACUGCACAUCUCUACAGCACCUCGAUUUAUCAGACAAUAACAUACCCCAGAUAGGUGAUCUAUCUAAAUUGGUUUCCCUGAAGACCCUGCUUUUACAUGGAAACAUCAUCACCUCUCUUAGAAUGGCACCUGCUUAUCUACCCAGAAGUCUUGCUAUACUUUCUUUGGCAGAAAAUGAAAUCCGGGACUUAAAUGAGGUCUCUUUUUUGUCAUCUUUAACUGAAUUGGAACAGUUGUCGAUCAUGAACAAUCCUUGUGUGAUGGCAACACCAUCCAUUCCAGGGUUUGACUAUCGGCCGUACAUCGUCAGCUGGUGCUUAAACCUCAGAGUCCUAGAUGGAUAUGUGAUUUCUCAAAAGGAAAGUUUGAAAGCUGAAUGGCUCUAUAGUCAAGGCAAGGGAAGAGCAUAUCGGCCUGGCCAGCACAUCCAGCUUGUCCAGUAUCUGGCGACAGUUUGUCCUCUCACUUCUGCACUGGGUCUUCAAACUGCAGAGGAUGCCAAACUAGAGAAAAUUCUGAGCAAACAGAGGUUUCACCAGAGGCAGUUGAUGAACCAAAGCCAAAAUGAAGAAUUGACUUCUGUUGUUCCUUCUGAAACAAGGGCACACCUUGUACCUGAGCAUUCAAGCCCUGUUCAAGACUGCCAGAUAGUCCAGGAAAGUGAACCCGUUAUCCAAGUCAAUUCUUGGGUUGGGAUAAGCAGUAAUGAUGAUCAGUUAUAUGCUGUUAAGAAUAACUUUCCAGCCUCUGUACAUUCUACAAGAUAUUCUCGAAAUGACCUGCACCUGGAAGACAUACAGACAGAUGAGGACAAGUUAAACUGUAGUCUUCUCUCUUCAGAGUCUACUUUUAUGCCAGUUGCAUCAGGACUAUCUCCAGUAUCACCUACAGUUGAGCUGAGGUUGCAAGGUAUUAACUUGGGCCUAGAAGAUGAUGGUGUUGCAGAUGAAUAUGUGAAAAGGCUGGAAAACCAGGACUUGGAUAAGGAAGAGGAAAAGACUGUAUGGGUUGAAAAUGAGAAUUCUGUUCAAAUGAUGAAAAAUGAGAUCAGUAAAGAGGUAAAUGAGAAAGCUGGGAUAUUAUCUUAUCCUGAGCCAAAAAUAGUCAGUGCUAUCUUGAAGAAUGAUGACCAUAGUCUGACAUCUUUUCCUGAGUCAGCUGGGCAUGUUAUCUCUCAUACACAGCCAGAUAGUGAAGAAACCGUAUCUCAAAUAGUUUCAGAGAAACUUCCCUGCAGGAUUUUAACCCAGGGAUCUGUUGCUUUGGGAGAAGAUAAAAUUGCUCUUCAGAAAUUGAAUGAAGCAGCCACCAAGCUUCAGGCAUGUUGGCGGGGCUUUUAUGCCAGGAACUAUAACCCUCAAGCCAAAGACGUGCGUUAUGAAAUCCGGCUGCACAGAAUGCAGGAGCACAUUGUCUGCUUAACUGAUGAAAUAAGGAGAUUAAGAAAAGAAAGAGAUGAAGAACGUAUUAAAAAAUUUGUACAAGAAGAGGCUGUCAGAUUCCUUUGGAACCAGGUAAGGUCUCUACAAGCUUGGCAACAGACCAUGGACCAACGUCUAAGUUCCUGGCAUACUGAUGUUCCUCCUAUCUCAAGUACUCUGGUGCCAUCUCCAUUUUCCCCCCAAAGUCUGGAACCCUCUUCUGAUCAAAAUUCUGAUUGGUUCAUUGCUCCUGGUGAAACUCCUCAAGAGAAAUCCUUUCCAGAAUUUCCAGACUCUGGUUUUCAUUCCUCCCUCACAGAACAAGUUCAGUGUUUGCAGGAUUCUUUGGAUUUUGAAAAAAGUUCCGCAGAAGGCAGUGAAAGUUCCAUAAUGGGGAAUUCCAUUGACACAGUCAAAUAUGGCCAAGAGUCAGAUUUAGGGGAUGUUAGCAAAGAAAGUGGUGAAUUGAGUAAGGAAAGCUCAAACAAUAAGCAGGAUACUAGUUUGCUUGAACAAUAUUUAACUUCAGUUCAACAGCUAGACGAUGCUGAUGAGAGGACUAAUUUUGAUGAAGGGACAGGAAAUAGAAAGCUUCGCAUAGCUUGUUCCCUGGAAAUGUUAGGUGCCUUGUCUGACAGUGCUUCUAUAGAUGAGACACAUGGCGUAUCUCCUACUUUGAAAGAUGAAAUCAGCCAGACACCAGAAAAUUAUAAAUUAAAUGCAGAAGUUCAAGGGCAGCAGCCAGAAUGUGAUUCCACAUUUCAGGUAUUGCAUGUUGGUGUUACUGUGUAGCAUGUAUGGUCUCUUGGGAAGCAGAAAUCCACUUCACUUAACUGUAUUUUCAGUUGCCUUUUUUGUUUUUUUGAAGGAGAAUGCUCCCCCGCUCAGUUUUGUUACUACUUAUAUAGAAUUUGUAUUCUUGUCUCAUAUUUUCCAGAUUCUAGAUUCCAGAUUCUAGAGCUGAGUCUUUAUUUUGAUUUUGCUAGCUUUUUACUUAGCCAUAGUAUACCAAACAGUAUUUAUAUUGAGAGGUAUAUGCACGUUAUUUCUUAACAACUGAAUUGUAUCAACAGUCUUCCUGUUCCUUUUAUGUACUCAUUGCCUUUCAAAAAUAAACUAGAAUAUCUUAAAGAAAGUAGAAAAAUAUAGCUUAAAGAUAUACAUAAGAGAAUUUUGUUUUUUCUGUAUCUGAGGAAAUUAGUUAUAUAGUAAGGAAUGCAGUUUAUUAAAGUGAAUAUAAAUGACAAAUAUGAGGAUUCUGAACUAUUAAAAUUUGCCAGACAGUCUCCUUGGAGUAAGAAUAUGUUUUUUAUAAGCCUUUUCACUUCCUUCUGAGUCAAGGAAAGCCUUCUUGUAAGCAAAUUUAGGAAGAAAAGGUAAGAUUAUAGGAUUUCUCAAUGGGGAUGAUUAAAUUGGUUUCGUGGAAAACUAUAGUUAAUGUCAUGCAUCAGUUUUGACACAUGAAAUAAAGCGUUUCAUUCAGCAUUAAAAUCAAGCUUACUUAGAGAGGCAAUCUAAGACUAUUUGUGUUAGAUAUGAAGAAAGGAGAUGCUAAGCUCUGUUCACUUGGAAUAAUGUCACGGCAAACGUUCAUGUUUUUAUUUAGUGCUUUUUCACCCUACAGAUAAGCAUUUAUGUGCCAAUAUAUUGCCAGAAAUUAAUGUAUGUUCAUCUUCUCUGUUCCUGCUUAUAUUUACUUAUGUAUUUCAGCAGAAGGUCCAUGGCCAUUCACUUCACUUUUGACCUCUGCAUCAUAGUGAACAUUUGAAGUAAUACUAGUGGUAGAAUAUGAAUGACUUUUUUUAAAAAGAACCAUUUUCUAUCUAACCUCUGAAAAAUGCCACAUUUGGAAGACAAUUUAAUUGUGGUUAAGAAAAAAAUAAACCUUACUUCUUAAAAAUAAUACAUAUCUGUAACUUCAGGAAGAAAUAAGACUGUGUUUGAAUGUUGUAGAUAGAUGCAUUUGUAAAACCAAGGAUGAUUUUUGGAAGCUUUGUAUUUUAGUCUUUGAGAAUAUUCUAAUAUCAUUGAACAAUACAUAUCUGAUUUCUCCCAACCUGUGGACAUACAACUAUUAAAACUAUGGCAAUAUUUAAGUGUUCUUUAAAUUUAGGUGCUAAAUAUCUAUUCAUUAUUCUGUUACAGUCAUUAGGUCCCAUCUUUGAAGUUAUAUAAAAUAAAAACUUCUGAUCCUUCAAUAAUAAAGUUGAGGAUCUCAAGGUACACUUUGGUGAUAGUUAGAAAUACUUCUCCAGUAUGAUAAGAUGUAUUUUUCUCAGUUUAUAAAUAUGUAGUACUCAGGUUCAGAAGACUUGGAUUUUAUUCUCAGAAAUCUAGAAUCCCUUGAAAAGGAAAUGUUUUCUGUCUCUUCUAAACAAAACAGGAGUCUUACAUUCAAAAGGGUUUUUCCCUAGUGAAGCAUGUGUAUCAUUGAAUGCAUGAUAAAUAAAAAUUGAAUUUUUUACUUUUUGAAUAAUGCUAGUUAUCUUUUAUGAAUAAUUUUGAAUUUCUUCUUAAAUAUACCCUAUUUUUCUACUUUACAGUUAAGUGCCUCAUUUGCUGCCCAUAGUUAGACAAGUGCAGUUUGCACUGCACUAGUACCAAAAUACUCCUUCACAGUAUAUUAAUUUUUCACAGGAGCUGCUGAAAUAUCAUGGUACAGUAUUACCUAAGUAGGUUUCUGCUAAUGACCUCUUCCUCCUCUCUUUUUUUAAGUGAUGGCAAAAUACAACUAAAUUUAUUUGAUCAUCAGGAUUUAGUUUUUUACCUUUGCCUUGUAUUUAUACCAUAAAUAGCGUUCAGCAUGCUUUGAUUAAAAACUUGGCAGAAAAUGAUAAUUAUUAAUAUUCUGCUCUUUGUAUUUUACUUAACUUUUACUGGUGUUUAGAAAUAUAAGGAUAUUAAGUAGGCCCCUCCCUUAACUGUACAGAUUAUCUUGAAUGUAGAUAGAGUGAAAAUAAUGUAAAUUAGAAUGUAGGAAAACUGUAGCAUAGACUUAAUAUAUGUUGAUGGGUUUACAAUGUAAUUUAAAAGUAAUUUAGGUAACUAAGAUAUUUGGUUUUAACUCUGUGGGACAUUUAUUGGUCUGGCUGAAGAGUGAAUAGGUCUAGAAAGGUUUGGGAAGUUGAGCUUUGGACAUGGUCUUUGUAUUUUUUCUAACAGGGGAGGUUUAGUUCAGUUAUGCUGUUUUAAUUCACAUCAGUUCUCUUGAUUUAGGGAAAAUUCAAUUUAUCAAUUAGAAAUACCUUAAGAAUUUCUAAUUCUUUAAUUUCUAAGUCUUUGUUUUAAAGAUGAAACUAAGGCAUACAGAAGUUAAAUGACUUGUUUAAGGUUAUAGCCAGUUAGUGGUACUUAACCAUGAAAACUUAUUUGUUACUAUAUUCCAACAUUUUGUUAUAUACUCUCUAUUAAAUUUUACAUUUAAUGAGUCAGUAAGAAAGUCUCUGCAUAUUUUUCAUUCUCUUUGAAAAGGAAAAAAGAUUAAGAAAGCUAUAGCUUUACCACUCAAGGCAGAAUUGCUUGUGGCAAAUGAAAAGUUUUUCAGAACCCGGAGUGAAUUUUAUCCAGGAAAUGUGACUUGAUUAAAAUGGCUUUUAAAGAGCAAUACUAGAAAUUAAAAUUUUAGAAAAGAAUAACUGCAUCUUAGAGUCCAUUUGUUUGACGACAUGUAAUACGACAAGUUGCUAAGAUAUGUAAGAUUUUUUUAGUGAAAUGCUGAGUUUGAUUAUGUAUUUUUAUCUUCAGUUUUAUAGAUGUUAAAGUUUUAACUCUCCUGAUGUGCAGAAAGCUCUUAUUAUGACAGUCAAUAAUAUGCAAUAGCUUGGUUUUAUAAGUUUAAUUAUAAAAGACCUAAUAAUAUGCAUGUUUUAGGAAAAUGUUCAUUUAUUUAGUCACACAGUUGUUUGUAUACAUGUAAAUAGCAUUGUCCUUGAAUAAUGUGGGUGCCAUUCUUGAGUGUGUAUUUUUAUUUUGUUUUGGAUUAUUUUAAAUACAUAAACAUUAUAAUAGUGUAUUUUCCUGUUAUCUACUUAAAAUAAAUCUAGUUCCACUUUUAAUAAAUAUUUUCAGGAAAAUACAGGCUUAAGAUAUUGUAUUGUCUCCUUUGGUAUUUUUUGGUUUUUUUUGAUGCAAUAUUUUAGAAUUGGAUUUGUAACAUUAAUAACAUAAAACAUAAAACCUUUUCUCCUGGCAAAGUAAGACACGGUAAGAAGGGAAAAUAUAGAAUGAGUCUGAUCAAUUUCUCAUUUAUAAAGGAAAAAAAUAAACUUAACUGUUUAAUGUGUAUUUUUAUUUUGACACGUAUCUUAUUAAAAGGUAUUUAUUAUAUUGUAAUGUUUUAAAUUUUAAAUAUAUGAUACCUUCAUUCAUGAAGUAGAAAGAGUCUGUAAGGAACAAUCUAAAAUAUUUCCAAUGAUACUGCCUUCACUGAUAAAGCCUAUUGUGCCAUGUUAAAAUUAAAAGUCAAGUAAACAAAAUAGUCCUCACAGCCUGGGAGAGAAAUAGAUAAUGGUCUUUUAAAAAUGAGGUGCUUUUUAUCUGUGAAUGAAUAGAAAUCAUACUAAAUUUUAAUUCCUUUAUUUAUUUUAGUGGAUAGCAGGAAUCAUUCUGUAGUGGUUUUGUUAAUUUCCUGAUUAAAUUUCUUUGAGCAUUUUAUAAUA